GGCUCACGGAUCUGCGGUGCAUGUCUAAACAUGCUGAGACACACCAGGAGAGGGUGGAGACUAGAACGGAAAAAGCUAGAAAAACCGGCAUGCAUGACAGACUGUGAGACAGAGAGGAGGCUCCACCAGAGGGAGGAGAACGAGUCUUGGGUGUGAGAAAGCAAAAGGGAAUUCAGUGUUAACGCUGGCUCGAUGCUGAAAGAAAAAGCAGCACUGGAAGUGAAACAGGAGAACAGACGGCUCCUGGUUCCCGUGGAGAGGCGUGUUGAACACAGAUCACCUCUGGGGUUUUCGUUUACAAACAUCAGGAUGAAUGAAGAGGAGGAUGAGGUGCACAGAAAGUUGACUUUUCACUGAUCAGACUGCUUUUAUUGGCCACCUCACUCGUCUAGAGCUACAGCAGGAGCACGUCUACUGAUGUAACGUUGCAGGAACUGAAAGAUCCUGCAAGCACUGAGCAGAGCUCCUCUUGAAGCACCAGUAGGAGGAUGGGAUGGGACUUUGGGAGUGCUGAGUUGUCUCCUGGAUGUCAGAACCCCAGGAACAAAUGAGUACUAGUGGAUUUGGUAGUAGUUCCAGCUUGCUCCAGGGCAGGCGUUUCUACUGCCGGGAAUGGGCCUUGGAAAAGCUGCGUCGGUGUUUGGAUGCCCGCUCCCUGACUGGCCGAGCGCCGGGCCUGCUGGUGACUGGAGGACCUGGUGUCGGUAAAACGGCCCUGUGCACUGAGGUGGUGUGGCCCACCUCAAGGGCAGGCCUGGCAGCCCGGCUGGCAGAGCGCUGCCUGGCCUACCACUUCUGUCAGAAGGAGGACCAGAGGAGUGUGGUGCUGUGGAGGUUCAUCCUGGGUCUGGUGGACCAGCUGAGGGCUUCCCCUCUUCUCUCACCUGGAUAUCAGGAAAUCCUCCAAAGAGAGUCGGUGUCUUCUGCUUUAGAGCUUCGCAGCUGUCAGAAGAACCCCGCGGACACCUUCAAGAGAGCUGUGCUGGAACCCCUGUUGGACCUCCCUCCUCCUGCACAGACCCUGAUGGUGGUCAUUGACGCUCUGGAUGUUCAUUACAGACCAGAUGAAAGAGUUGGGAAGAGCGGCUCCAUUGCAGAACUCUUGGCUACCAAUCAGCAUCUGCUGCCCAACUGGCUGCUGCUGGUGUGUUCAGUGCGCCGCCAGAACAAAGAUGUGUGCAAGAUGUUCUCAGGUUUCCAUAGGCUCUGCUUGGAUGAUCUGAGGAAGCCAUUAGCGGUCCGUGAUGUGCAGCAGUACAUCCUUUGCCGGCUGGAUGAAGAAGCAGCACUGCGUCGUCAGCUCACCCCCGACACGGCCGACAUGCUAAAUCUGCUACACAUCAAAAGUGGUGGCUGCUUCCUCUUUCUGGAGCGUGUUCUGGAUGGCGUGGCAGCCGGGUUGGUGGGUCUACGGGAGAUCCGGGACAUCCCUGGAACCCUCAAUGGACUCUACUUGUGGCUCUGCCAGAGAUUGUUUCCGAGGGGGCUCUUUGUCAACAUCAAGCCUCUCCUUCAUGUCCUCUUGGCUGCUCCAUGGCCACUUACACCUCAGCAGCUGUUCACAGCAGUCUGGACUCAGGACACAUCACUCAACAUCCAGGACUUCCAGAGCAAACUCCAUGCUCUGUCUCCUCUUCUGGUCGAUGGCCCUAAUGGAACCAAACUCCUUUUUCAUGCCAACUUUACUGAGUGGCUGACUGAUGUUAAGUACUGUACACAAAAGUACCUGUGUAGCAGGACUGAGGGUCAUAGUAUGCUCGCCAUGUCUCUGACCCUGCAGGGACCCCAGCUGGACAUCGAUGGGAUUUGUCAGCUAGCCACCCACUUGGUUAGCUCAGGUCACCACAAGGAAAACUCUUCAUUAUUAGCGCUGUGGAUGUUGUCAACAAGUGUGCCAGCUCUUCCUCCCAGCUGCAGCCAAGCCCUCACCUCAUGCUUAGCUCAGCUUCCUGCUUUGGUCAGUCAGGAAGUCCCUCAGCUAUUAUUGAAGAGCGGACUGGUCUCACCAAGCUGUUUUCCAGAUGCAGAUCUAAAUGAAGACAUGCAGUGGAAUACUGAUGGAGACCAACCACGAAAAUCAUUGGAGAUGGAGGUGUCUGUAAAGAAGCUGCUAGACAGUGGCCUGUCUGUGAACCAGCCUACGUCUACAGGACAGACGUUACUCGCUAGAGCAGCUCAUGAUGGUUCUGCAGAAUUGGUAAAAUUUCUCCUGACACAAAAUUCUGAUCCACUAGUUAGUGAUCCUCAGGGUCAAACGCCACUGACUUUGGCUUCCAGACAGGGUCACGUCAAUGUGUUGUCUGUCCUUCUUGCAUGGACUAAAUGCCAGAGCACUGAGACAGCAGUGCAGAUGAUGGAGCACAUUGACAAUGAAGGCUGGACAGCACUGCGUUCUGCUGCCUGGGGUGGACACUGCGAGGCAGUCCGCCUACUUCUGGAUGCAGGUGCAGAAGUAAAUGGGUGUGACAGUGAUUGUCGGACUGCUCUCAGAGCUGCUGCGUGGGGGGGUCAUGAGGACAUUGUCCUUACCCUCAUCGAUUAUGGUGCACAAAUCAAUAAAGCGGAUAGUAAGGGUCGGACACCACUUAUUGCUGCUGCGUACAUGGGACACCACGAGACUGUGGAGAUAUUGCUCGACCACAAUGCAGACGUUAAUCUAGCUGAUGAGGAUGGACGCACCGCUCUGUCGGUUGUUGCCCUUUGUGUCCCAACGGCAGCAGGAAUCCAGAGUUUUGGUGAGGUGGCAGGGCUUUUACUUGAGCGUGGAGCAGAUCCAGGACACAGGGACCAUGAUGGCAUGACCCCUCUGCUUCUUGCAGCCUACGAGGGCCAUGAUGAUGUAGUCGAGCUUCUGUUGGAGGCUGGUGCUGAUGUAGAUGAAACCGCUCAUCCUGACGGGAGUUUCUCAUCUGCAGCUGCUGUUACUCCGUUGCUGGCAGCUGCAGCAAUGGGCCACAUGAAAACAGUGUCCCGAUUGCUUUUCUGGGGUGCAGCCGUGGAUGCCAUUGAUUGUGAAGGCAGGACAGCACUCUGUUUGGCAGCAGCAAGAGGCAGCUUAGAGGUCGUCCGGGCCUUGCUGGACCGAGGCCUGGAUGAAAACCAUAAGGAUGACCUUGGCUGGACUCCACUGCAUGCUGCUGCCUGUGAAGGCCAUCGAACCAUAUGUGCAGCUCUGACAGAUCAAGGCAGUAUGGCACGUGUUGGAGAGAUGGACAUUGAAGGACGCACACCUCUUAUACUGGCUGCUCAAGAGGGUCAUUGGAGCACUGUCAAACUACUGCUAGACAGACGCUCUCCUAUUGACCACCGGGCAUACGAUGGACAUUCUGCAUUAAGUGCAGCUUUUCUGGAGGGCCAUGCUGAUGUUGCAGAGCUGCUCAUGAAACGAGGAGCUGAUACUGAUGUUCGAGAUGCUGAGGGACGACCUCUGCUUUACCUCCUGGUGCUCAACAAUUGCCUUGACAUGGCCGCUCUUCUCAUAGAAAAAGGAGGCGUGCCACUUGAGUCCCGAGACUCUGAGGGCCGCACUGCACUUCAUGUAGCUUCCUGGCAGGGAAAUGUGGAGAUUGUAGGUUUACUUUUAAACCACGGGGCAAACCCUAAUACACAAGAUGCAGAAGGGAGACCACCAAUACAUUCUGUGGCUUGGACCGGUCAUGUGACAAUGGGGCACCGUCUGCUGGAAGCCAGUGCUGUAAAUAUAGACCUUGCUUGCCAUCAGGGGGCAACCGCUCUAAGCAUCGCUUCCCAAGAGGGACAUUCAAACAUUGUGAGAAUGCUUUUGGAAAAAGGUGCAAAUCCCAAUCACAUUGAUAAAUAUGGCCGCAGUCCAGUCAAAGUGGCAGGGAAGCAUGGCCUUUUUAACAUCGUCAGGCUCUUGGAGAGCUUUGGAGCUAAGCCAUACCUAGGCCAGUUGCCUAAUUCUAAUACAGUUUCUCCUAUGAAACCCAACAAGAUCCCCUCCUUGGGUUUAUCAGAGAAUAAUGCAGUUGAAGUGACAGGCACUACCUCCUCUUCCUCAUUAUCCUCUCCUGGCUCCACUGGAGAGCGGUUCCACUCAUUGCAAAGCUCCCAGACCUCAUCCACUUGCCACUCCCUUGCUACAGUACAAACAGUACCUGCUGACAGUCUCAGCUUUAUCCAGCAGAUCCAACAGCAUUCAUUGCCCCGCAGCCGUAGCCGUCACUCCAUCCUCCCCCCACCCGGGAGCACGGGAAUGGGCAGUCUACGUGGAAAUAAUCAGAUGCAGCCCACUGGUAUCCCUCACCCUGCUGUUUGCACAGUCACAGCCUCGGUGCACAGCUGUGAUCUCUCUCAGAAAGGAUUGUCACCUGAACUUGAAUAUCAUGACAAAAUAAUGAAGCAAAACUCAAACCUGAUAAAAAAUAGAACGACCAAUUACAUCGGUGGUAAAUGGCACUCAUUCAUGGCUUCUCUUGGAAUAAUGCCAGGCCAAGAAAUCCCUCUAGGUGCUAAGAACAGAGAGAACCCUCCUUCGGACUAUCCACACAGGCUUCAAAGCCCGUCUCAACCUGAAGCUUGGGAUUCUCUAACCCAUAACGUUUUGUCACCAGUUUGUUACAAUUUUGUUCCCACACCACCUUGUAGUGCCUUGGCAGAUGAUGGUAUGUUCACAAUAACAACCACGGACCCACAGCUUCAUCUCAAACAAGCCAUCAAACUGCAGUUUGAAGGCCCCACCAGCGCAGCCUUAUACAAGAGAGAGACACCCCUGUGACAAUCAGUCAGAUGAGACCAACAAGUCGGUCUUUUGUCACAAAAUCUUUUAUUUCUUUGCUUGGACUUGAGAGUCGGUGCUGAAGUAUUUAACUUGAUAUGCUGUAAAUGAAAAAUAAGUACAUUUCAGGUGAAGAUGGACCCUUUUUUAAUAUUUUGGUUCAAGGAGAAGGCAGGUAAAUGUUUUCCUUUUAGAAAAAAGAUAUAAUUUCCUUAAAGAGGCCAGAUGACCAAACUGGUAAAGAAAAAAGUUUACGUAUUUUUCUAUAAUUUUCCUGUUAUGUGCUGAUGGGGCCGAUUUGCGUAACACACAGCUGUUUUCUUUUUCUACUUCAUUCAUUUUUGCCAUCUUAUAUGUAUAUUAGAGCAGAAGCACAUCGGAGAAGGGCAUAAUGUUUUAUUCUAACUUAAUUUAUUUGAGUUUAACAUUAGAACCAUUUAAUUCUUUCGACAACAUUUGCUUUUCUCUUUCCCUUUUUAUUUGUGAUGCGUUAUAACGCUUACAGUUCAAACAGUCUGUUACCAAAAUCUGAGUCUGUCCUAAACCACGUAUGUUUGUCUAUCCUGCCUGAGAUCAGAUGGGAAAAAAAAAAUCUAUUUUCUAAAUUAAAACUGAAGGUUCAUGAUAAAAUGUUAAUUUGUUGAACAUAUUUUCUCAGUUGACCAAGCUUUUCUCUUGAUAAUUUUUCAUUGUUGUUAAUCACAUUCUCUAAUUAAAAAGACGAUCAGUCA